AUGUCUACUCCCUUCACCCCAGCGAGGAGACUCGUCUCGAGUCUUUCACAGCUAUGCCCGCAAUGCGGAUGCUUACGGACCGGUCGAGGAUCGCGGCGAUGGAUGAGCGGCACGCAGUCACCGGCGAAGCGGCCUAAGACUGCGAUCUUCUUUCCAGGCCAAGGCGUCCAACGUGUCGGCAUGGCCACGCCCUGGCUCGAAGCCUUCCCUCGCACCGCAAAGCCCAUACUCGAAGAAAUCGACGACACCCUCCAACUUCCCCUCACCAAGAUUAUAGAAAGCGGCACCAAUGCUGAGCUCACGCUUACCGAGAACGCUCAACCUGCCAUCAUGGCCACCUCGAUCCUGAUCCUCCGCGUCAUGGAACAAGAAUUUGGGUUCAAAACGGCUGAUCGUGUCGACAUUACGCUGGGCCAUUCGCUAGGCGAGUUCGCUGCGCUAGUAGCGGGCGGAUAUCUGGGGUUUAGAGAUGCGCUGAAGAUGGUGCGGAAGAGGGCCGAGGUUAUGAGCAGGUGUAGCAGGGAGGCUGUGGAGCAAGAGGGAGGAGAGUUUGGAAUGAUUGCCCUGGUUUGCGAGUCAGAGGAGCGUAUGCAGUCUCUCGUAGCCGGCGUGCGCGAGUUCCUCGAGCUGUCGACACCAGGGUCGAAGACAAAUGCCGGCGAGGAUUUACCAGCAGUGGAGCAAGUCUCGAUUGCGAAUAUCAACAGCAAGAACCAGAUUGUGCUCAGUGGGAGCAUCGAACGGAUAAACACGCUGUUGACGAACCUGCGGCAAUUCGGCGGACACGACCCGCGACACGUUCGGCUGAAGAGCGACUCGCCUUUCCAUAGCCCGCUGAUGAAGCCUGCGCAAGAAACUAUGAAGCGAAUAUUGUACAAGGAAAAGGAAGAUGGAAGCGAUAUAGUCACUUGGCCGGGCCUUAUGCCGUGCGUAUCCAAUGUCUCCGGCCGACCCUUCAAGAGCAAGGAGCAGCUGAAGGAUCUGCUGGCACGAAGUUGCGUUGACACAGUGCAAUGGUGGCGCUCGAUCAGAUAUUUGCAUGAAGAGGAGAAGGUGAAGAGAUAUGUUGGAAUUGGACCCGGCAAGGUGGGGAGAAAUCUUGUGGGCAAAGAGGUGGGGAUGAAGGGCGCUGUGAAAGGAGGUGGUGUAUGGGGUAUCACGAGCCCAAAGGAGAUGGAAGAGGUGAUCAGAGCGCUGGAUGAUACAGACAAUGUGGAUGAGGAUUAA